CAGUCGUCUAGCAACCCGGGAGACCGUGGGACGCGGAUCCCUUACACCGUAUUUAAAUACACGGUGCGGAGACAACAUGCUCCUGCAACUCACACAGAACACUAAAAUGACAUGCAGCCUGUAGCAAGCGGCAGCGUUAAUCGGUGCGAUCGGGGCGCUUUGUCUAAGAUAUGCAGUCUGGUAAUCUCUGGUAAUCUGCCUGCGUCUCUCUGAGCCGUGCAUACCGCGGUUUAACUCGUCCGAACCCUAUUCAUAGCACCGGUGGCGGCGGAAUACACCGAAACCCAGUGCAACUCUGCAGGAAGACCCGGGUGUAAUGAAGACCGACUCGGACCCCUCGGACCGGUGGGUGCUCCCGGGGUACGGAGCCGCGGUCGCCGUGUCUGUGCUCGGCGUGUGGUUGCUACGGCGAUGGGUGGCCGGCGGGGUGUGUCGCUGCACGGCCCGUCUGGACGGCCGAACCGUCCUGAUCACCGGAGCCAACACCGGCAUCGGCAAGGAGACGGCCCGGGACAUGGCCCGCCGCGGGGCGCGGGUGGUGAUGGCGUGCCGGGACCUGACCCGGGCGGAGCGCGCGGCCGAGGAGGUACGGCGUGCCACUGGCAACGGGAACGUGGUCAUCAGACACCUGGACCUGGCCUCCACCUACUCCGUCAGGAUGUUCGCUAAAGAGUUCCUGGGCAGCGAGGAGCGGCUGGAUAUCCUGAUCAACAACGCUGGGAUCAUGAUGUGUCCUAAGUGGCUGACUGAGGACAGCUUCGAGACCCAGAUGGCUGUCAAUCACCUGGGCCACUUCCUGCUGACCAAUCUACUGCUGCCCAAGCUGAGAAGCUCCACCCCCAGCCGCGUGGUCGUAGUGUCCUCCCUGGCUCACGAGACCGGAAAGAUCGACUUUGAUGACCUGUUCUUCGCCAAGCGGCCCUACAGCCCCAUGACCAGCUACAAGCAGAGCAAGCUGGCCAACGUGCUCUUCUCCAGAGAGCUGGCCCGCAGGAUGAAAGGUACCGGAGUGACGGCCUACAGCCUGCACCCAGGGGUGAUCCGCACGGAGCUGGGGCGUCACGUGGAGAGCUGGUUCCCCCUUCUGGGGGUGCUUCUGAGGGCCCCCUCCAUGCUGCUGAUGAAGACCCCCACCCAGGGCGCCCAGACCUCCAUCUACUGCGCCGUGACCCCCGGCCUGGAGAGACUGUCUGGGGGCUACUUCAGUGACUGUAAGGAAAAGCGCGCCGCUGAGGUGGCGAGGGACAACGAGGUCGCCAAGAAGCUCUGGGAUGUGAGCGCUCAACUGGUCGGGUUGUCGGUCAAAGAGUGA